GACCUGAGCAUGCGGACACUGAGCACGCCCAGCCCAGCCUUAAUAUUCCCGCAGAAUUCUCACAGCUUCCAGAAUGGCAGAGGGUCCUCCACUUCCUCGUCCUCCGUCACUGGCGAGACGGUCGCCAUGGUCCACUCGCCGCCGCCCACCCGCCUCACGCACCCUCUCAUCCGCUUGGCCUCCAAGCACCAGAAGGAGCAGGCCCACGUAGACCGGCUGCCGGACCACGCCAUGAUCCACGUGUUCUCCUUCCUGCCCACCAACCAGCUGUGCCGCUGCGCCCGUGUGUGCCGCCGCUGGUACAACCUUGCCUGGGACCCGCGGCUCUGGAGGACUAUCCGCCUCACGGGCGAGACCAUCAACGUCGACAGGGCCCUGAAGGUGCUGACGCGGAGGCUCUGUCAGGACACCCCUAACGUAUGUCUCAUGUUGGAGACGGUAGUAGUUAGUGGCUGCAGGCGGCUCACCGACAGGGGACUCUACACCAUUGCGCAGUGCUGCCCCGAGCUGCGAAGGCUGGAGGUGUCGGGCUGUUAUAACAUCUCCAACGAGGCAGUCUUCGAUGUGGUGUCGCUGUGUCCCAACCUGGAGCACCUGGAUGUGUCAGGCUGCUCCAAAGUGACGUGCAUCAGUUUGACUCGCGAGGCCUCCAUCAAGCUGUCUCCCUUGCACGGCAAGCAGAUCUCCAUCCGCUACCUGGACAUGACAGAUUGCUUCGUCCUGGAGGACGAGGGACUGCACACCAUUGCGGCGCACUGCACUCAGCUGACUCACCUGUACCUGCGCCGCUGCGUCCGCAUCACCGACGAGGGUCUCCGCUACCUGAUGAUUUACUGCACAUCCAUUAAAGAACUGAGUGUGAGCGACUGCCGCUUCGUCAGUGACUUCGGCCUGCGGGAGAUUGCCAAGCUGGAGUCGCGCCUGCGGUACCUCAGCAUCGCUCACUGCGGGCGCAUCACGGACGUGGGCCUGCGUUACAUUGCCAAAUACUGCAGCAAGCUGCGCUACCUCAACGCGCGGGGCUGCGAGGGUAUCACGGACCACGGCGUGGAGUACCUCGCCAAAAAUUGCACAAAACUGAAGUCACUAGAUAUCGGCAAGUGCCCGCUGGUCUCAGACACCGGCCUGGAGUUUCUAGCCCUCAACUGCUUCAACCUGAAGCGCCUGAGCUUGAAAUCCUGCGAGAGCAUCACUGGGCAGGGCCUGCAGAUUGUAGCUGCCAACUGCUUUGACCUGCAGAUGUUGAAUGUGCAGGACUGUGAGGUCUCCGUGGAUGCUCUGCGGUUUGUUAAACGGCAUUGCAAGCGCUGUAUUAUAGAGCACACCAAUCCUGCCUUCUUCUGAACGGACACCCCACGGCUGUUGUUAUCACACAGUAUUAAAAACACUGAUGUAUAAACACACAAUCCCAUACUUGGUAAUGCUGUCCUUUCUCUGGCUCGCAGGAGUCAGCUUUCCUUGUUUGUUGUUGGCGAGGGUGUUUCUGGAGGACUAUUUUGUUUGCUUUUUAUAUGAUCACUUUUUAAGGUGCGGUGGGCCUCUAUGGAGAGGCUGCCUUAAUUCAAAAGCAGUGAGUGCUCAGUAUCCCCACUGUGAUGCCUAUUCUAUAACAGCCCUGCCUGAUCUUGUCCCAGGCUGAAGUAGCUGACUCUAAAGGGAAUAGCACAUAAUCCCUCCUUUGGAAAUGUUACUAAGCUGUGUCAAAUAUGUCUUAAUUCCAGCAGUGCUCAUGAAUCUGACUAUGCAAUAUAUGUCGUGUUCCCCAACUUGUAAUAAGGCUCAUAAAGCUACCCCUUAUCUCCA